CUUUUUCUUAGCGUGCAUUGUCCCUCACUCCCCUUUCUUCAUCUUCUCUUUCCGGAAGGACUUUGUAUUCAUCACGGUCGCCACACUCGUGACAUACCAGGAAGCACAACUCGCAACAGUCAAGCGCCUGUUUCUACUAACCAUGAAGUACUUCGGGAAAUCAGAGCUGAGUAGUUCACUCCCAGCAGUCUUGUCCGAGCUUGACAGGGAGCCUACGACUUCUGACUUAUUAUCAAUCAUCAAACAUUGCUCAACAGGAAGGAGAUGAGUUACUUACCCUGACAUUGUAAGCUGACGGCGGACAAAGUGACAACAUGGCUGAUGAUCCACCUUCUAGUCUCCAGACAGGGCAAAAGAGGGCUCGAUACACAACACCACUCACUACUGGAAGUCGUGCUGAAAAGGCCACAAAAAAAGCAGAAUUUCCAUCGUCUUUUAAAAAGAACCUAACAAUACAUCCUCUAACACGGGACAGAUGGAAGAAUAAAGGAACACCUUUAACGAUAAAUGAGACUGAGCCACACAUCAACAUGUACCCGACAGCUAAGGAUUUUACACUAGAAGAGAGCCAAGAAGCCUGGAUACAGUGGGUUAACGCCGCCUUUCCUGAUCUUCAUGGCACCCAGUUCUGGCUUCCUGUCUGUGCAAAAGACUUUGCUUCGGUGCAUUGUACCGAGGAACAGUCAACACUGGACACUUCCCAUCAACAUGCUCCUUGGUACAAUUUGGUCUAAAAAUGACUCAGCCUUACAGCGGGUGCUGCUCUGUCUGAAGGAAAGAUCAGAAGCAAAGGACGAGGUGAUGUUUGUACUCAGUCAGCUGUACUUUGGACAAAACUCCGGCGAACCUUGUUACUCAGCAGCAGCUGACUAUUUACCUCCAUCCCACAGUGUCCCUCCUGCUCCACCAAGGAACUGGGAGGAAGGCGACUUUGACCUGCUCAUCAUUCACCGAACCUACGGUCUUGUCGUCUGUGAGGUGAAGGCAUUUGGCGAUAACUCAUCUAAGAGUGGCAUGUUACAACAAGAUGUAGACAGCAAGAUACGAAGUAAACUCAAAGAGGCCAUAUUACAGGUGGACAGGGCGGAGGCCGUGUUGUCACACCUGGUGUCAGACAUCGUCCCAGGCCUACGCAUCACAAAGACAAUUGCUUUCCCGAACCUUACAGGUGACCAGGUACAACAGGCACUCGCUGAAGAUCCCCGGUUUACUGAGGCUCUGUGUCGGUGUCUGGGAGCAACAGAUGUUGAGGGCAUCACUGAUCUUUGUCUCACCUCUGAUCAGCUUUUUGUCUCUGGUACCCCGGGUACUGUCAGCACAGACUUUGGUAAAUGGUGGCUGCGAUGUGUGGUUGGGUGUGGAUCUGCAACCGAAAUCAGUUUUGCUGAUUACAAGAGACUGUUGGCCAGAUUCUGCGGUCCGGCGGUAACAGUGACUGUUCCAUGCCUGUCUCCCCCACGCCUGUCACUCAAAACCUUGGACCAACCUUCGUCGUCCACGAGUCUGUGUCAUGCUGUGAUUACAUUGUUCCCGGAGCAAGUUCAUCUGCUGAACACGGCGACUCCCAGGGUCUUUUUGACUGGACCUCCUGGUACAGGUAAAAGUCUGGUGCUGCAGCUGAAGGCUACAGAAUGGCUGCGAUGUGGACGUGAUGUCUUCAUGGUCAGCACCCAGAGACGGGGUCAUGCACCGAGCUUGAUCACGUAUUACCUGCUGGAACAGACCAUAGAAACACAAAUGGCAAAGACUGGGAAAUCAGGCCAGCUUCAUCUUCUAGAUACUGACUUAUAUGAUUAUGACAUCUGUUUUGAUGAAUAUUUCGAGGAAGCUGUGACAGACUUGCUACGAGCGGCGAAGGAAAGACCGCUGUACGUCAUCGUAGAUGGAAUAGGCUCACCUUCUCUCAGGUACGAAUGGUACAAACGUUUCCUUGACAAGUUGUUGGCAAGAGUUCCGGAUGUCCAUUGUUGGGCUGUAAAUUAUGACCUCGAGUUUGCACCGUCCGACUGGCAAGUUCAGCAUUUAACCAGACCCAUCCGAUUUCCAAAGUUUGUGGAGAAGGAAGCUGCAGAUUUUCAUCCGGGUAUUUUGGAGCCAUACAGUCAACGUGGGCAGCACGACACAACACCUGGCACACCAGUCCAGCGGUUCCUUCUCCCAAAACAUGAUCACAGAAGACACAGAAGAUUUAUCGACGACUGUGAUACAUGCAGUGAGUUUGUGGUCAGGUUCCUACAGGAUCUGCUUGCUGGUGCUUCAGAGAACACCACUACGUCAUUGACAUCUAUCACAUCCACCAAAGGGGAUACUACAUCUCCGAGCCUGCGAUACAGAGACGUGCUAAUAGUAGAAGGAAGAUACCACCACAUUAAUCUAGUGGAGGCACUGAGAAAUGCGGGUAUUCCAGUGCAGGACAUGAGACAGCAUAUCACUAAGGACAUGGUGACAUCCAAUAGAGACGAGGUGUGGAUGGUGUCUACGGAUGAUAUUGAAGGUCUUGAAAGAAAAGUAGUAGUCGUCGUUGGAGAAACUCAACCUGACAAUUAUGUUGGUGUGCUCCACUGCACGUCACAACUGGUGUUCAUCUCCCAAACAGGUCUACCUGAACAGUGGCCCAUUGUUGAGGGAAGAAGGAAGACGGAUACAGACUGGAAAUACGCAGAAAGUAUCUCCACCGCUGAAAAAAAGAACGCAGAUAAAAAAUCUGAUCGAAAUUCAGAUGAAGUUUGUGGUGUGGAAUCUGACACGAAUGUCGAGGAGACGCAGGAGAAAGAGAGAAGAAAAUGCGAAGACUCAGCUACAUGCAGUAAGAAAGGGGCAGAGGAUACGGAAAUACAAAAGAACACAAACUCUAAGUGUUAUUCAUUUUGUUUGAAGCUCAAACUUGAUCUCAGAGAAGCAGCAGCUGUGACACCUCCACAGCACAUCAUGGAGUCCGGCUGUCCUCGCGACGACAGAACAGAAGAGGUUUCCGACACAAGCGAUGACACUUUCUCCAGUCCGAUCUUCAGCGAUCACUGGCAAGUUCGGGGCUGCUUCUCUGCUGCAGGAGGCAGUCUGCAGAAAAAAGGAUCUGAUGUUGUUCUUCAGGUGCCAGCAGGUGCUAUACAGGUCAAAACAAAGGUCACAGUUCAUGCCGCCGUUUGUGCUAAUGACGUGUACAUCAAACACAAACUACAGCUGCCCUCCACGGAAACCAUCGUCAGCCCACUGGCCGAGUUCUCGGCGAGUACCGACUUGCCAUUCCAGAAACAUGUUCAGAUCACCUUGCCCACCUGUCUGUUAUCUAACUACAACGUUCAUACUUGUCACGUCUACUGCAUAAGAUCUGAGAAACCUGAGAGUCAAAUAACAAUCAGUGAGCUGGGGAGACUGGAAGAGCUGUCAGAGACCUCGGAAAAAGAGAAGCCAGCAGCGUAUUUCUAUGUAAAUGGAAAAGGACAGGUGGUAGUUAUGACGACACACUUCAGCGGCUACGUGUGUACUUCCUGUCUUCAAUGUCAAAACUUAAGUCUCGAUGUGUACGCAUCUCACAGGCAUGAACAUGGCAAAGUACGAGUGUUUCUGAGGGCAGUACUUUGGGACAGGCUAAACCUUCGAGAGUUCAAAAAGGGCAACCCGGGAAACGACUCUUACAGACUGGUGUUGAGAGACACAUUUCAGCUCAGAAAGAUGUUCACCCCAGCUGAGCUGCUUAUGGAGCUGACAGUCAGUGAUGAACAGCAGAAUAUGUGGCAGCACAUCAAGUUUCAAGACAUUUUGCCAGAUACAAGAAAGAUAUUUCAACUUAACUGGGAUAAAAUAGAGUGUACAAAAUGCAUAAAUAUUCCGGCAAUAAAAUAUACUGAGCUGGGCCCUUUCUGCGCCUGUUGGACGCUGAUGAGUCCAGAGGGAGCGACACCGUCCACUUUAGAAAUUUGUGUUCGCGUGUCACACUCUCAAAUACAAGGACAGUUGGAACCGGAUUCUUCCUGUGCACCGAUCGAGAUCGAUGUUAGGCAACACACCGAAGAUGAAAAUCGCUUUUCCAAUGGUUCCAACGACAAGACGACCAUUAACGUCCAGUACUUACUUGGCGACCUGCAUCUUGCCCCUCAGCCAUCCAGCACAGGAUGAAGAUUGAGUAUAAGAAACUUCACCUCGUGCACAAGAUAGUAACAAGUGCACCAAAUGCAUUUUAUAGCAAGUGUAAAUUGAAUAAAUGGCGAAGAACCGGACAAAGUGAACCUCCACCUUAAACAAAGAUUACGAAACUUAUCACUGAUAUAUUAAUUUAUGUUGCUAACGCUUUCAUCCAUGUUUAUAUUGUCAACUUUUGAUAUAUCGCUUUAAUUAAGCCACAUUUAUUCAUGCACAGUACCGGUGUAAGAAAAUAGAAACAUUACUCACAGUCUUGGUGUCCCUUCCCUCAGUUGACAGUUCACGACGUUUUUGGGUAGAACGGUCACCUUACUCGCUCUACUCCCUUUUCUGGCUCAUUUCUAUUGUCUUUUGCUUUCUCUCUCAAAUUAUUUUAUAGAUCAUGUAUAGAUACAUAGAUCACUUUCUACAUAUGUUACAGAUAAGUCUGUAAAUAUGGAUAUGUUUGAAUGUCCUUAAGAUGUCAAGCAAGGAUGUUUACUAAGUUCUCAAAUGUUUCUAAUUAAUAAAUUUAAAAAAAGCAAGGGACGUAAACAUGAGAUCCAAACUCAUACCUUAGACUGUAGAAAUUAUUUUUACUAUUAUUGUGGCUCUUGUUUCUGAUACAUUUGUUGGCUUAGAGAAUCAGCAAGUUUACUGAACAAGAAGCAGUUAAACUGAAGUUGGCUGUCAAUUUGGAUAAAAUUAAUGUUAUGGUUUUUAGGAAAAGUGGCUACCUCCAUUUAAUGAAAAAUGGUUGUGUGGUAUUUUAGAAGUGAAAGUAAAAAAGACCUACAAAUAACUAGGAAUACCCUUUUCCACUAAGAUGAGCUUUACUGUAGCAUGGAAUGAGCUAUGCAUGCAAGGAGAAAAGGUGUGCUAGAAAUUCUUAAGACCAUUAGAAAGCUGAACUCAAAUAGCCUACCCAUCUUUUGGAAACUCCUUGACUCCCAGGUAAAAUCAGUGUUGAAAUAUACUGAGGAGAUAUUGGGUUUAGUUAAAACAAGCAUAUGGAGAAAUCCUCACAUUUGCACUUAAGCAUGUUUUUAAUGCUCCCCUACACUCUUCAAAUAUUUAUUGAAGUUAUUUUUUACUAAACAAUAGAUACAUAAAACAUAAAAUACUACCACAUAAAACAAUUUGCAUAGCUAAAUCAACAAACGCAUCCAUGGCAAUCUGCACAAAUCUUUCCUCAACCUCAUCAUACCCUACCCUAUGAAAGAAGCAGCUGACAAUAGAAACAGCAUAGGUUGUAGUGGUUUGUCUUUGACUUUUAGUUGUAACUUACUCAAAUAUAGAUAGCCUUCAACACACGGCAUAAAUAAAACAUAAUACAUAAUUUAAAAAAGCUUCCAUACCCCAACUCUUUUUUCAGGCACUUCGCACAUUUCAACCAAUCAUUUGACAUAUACUAAUUUAUAAACAUAUGACAUUCGUUUCAUCCUAGGCAUACCACACCUACAUAUUAUUUUCAAGUAUAUAAAUGUUAAAUAGGGGAACGAAAACAUAUCUACUCACAAACACUUCAAGUAGAUAGAGGUAUCCAGACUACGAGGAGACAUAAGCAAUACAUAAUUUUGUUCACAGAUGCAUUACAAUAUAAAUAUACAUAACAAAAAGCAAUAUUUUACAAUAUAACAACAUAAAAACAAACACAUGCACAUAGAUUAACAGUCAUUUUAAGAAUACAUCCAUCUACCCAGAGAAGCCAGCAAAGUAAAAUUUUACACAGCAGAAAAGUAUGUGGGUUUUUUCCCCAUCUCACACAAAUCAAGCAAUCAUCAUAGGAGGCCCCUUGGAUCCUAUGUGUCAUAAGCUGACAGCACAACAUUAAUGUAUAUCAUAUCAAGACAUAUGUAGUUUUAGUUAAUCAUGAAGUAAUUUCUAUAUAGAGUCAGCAUUGAAUCUAGUUAACAAGUUGUUUAUAUGCUAGCCAGUGCUUCGCAAACUUUUCUUCGUUUAUUUCUAAGCAUGCAUUAAAGUUUUCGAUUGUAUACCUGUUUUUCAAAAUGUGGAUAAACGGUCCUAACUUAGGGAUGACUUUUUUAAAUCUACAACAAUAUAAGUAUGCUUUUGAGAGCCAUAAUAUUAAAUCAAGUGCAACACCUGUCUCAAAGUUAUUACUGCAUCUAAACAGAACCAAAUGUUCACUGAUAGUUAUCUGUGGAGCAUUUGUACAUUUGUCUAAUAUACAAUUUCGUAAAUUUCUCCAAAAAUCAUUUACAUAUUUACAAUUCCAAAAUAUAUGCUGAAUAUUUUCUUUUUCGUCUCUUCAAAAGCUGCAGACAUCAUUACAUAUUACUUUUGUCCCCAGAGUUCUAUGUAGCACUCUGAUUUGAAGCCAUUUUAAUUUAAUAUCUUUUAUAUUAGCCAUUGAAUUAUAUAUAACAUGUCAAUCAUCAUUUUUGUUAUCCUUUCAUUCCAUUUUAAACAACAGUUGGCAUACAUGUGUUAGAUAUCAUUUUAUUAUAAUAUAGUCUUGCUCCUUUCUGUAUUGAUCGAAAUAUUCUUAAAGUUUUGUUUGUGUCAUAUGUAGAUGAAGGCAAAUCUGUUUUAUUCAAUGUAUUUAAGUUUAUAUAUGUUUUUAUAGCCUUUUGCAACCAUUAAAAGAGAUAAAGUUAAUGUUGACAUCAUAUUUAUUUUUAACAGCUGGAUAUGAUAAAAAGUAGUCCUCUUUCAUCUAUUAAGUAUUUCAUUAAGUGUAUAUAUAUAUAUCUUUCUCCACCCAUCUUCUGUUUAGAAUUGCUUAUUCCCAAUCGUUAUUAGAAAAGAUAGGUUUUCACAGAAUUUCUUCAUGUUUUUCACACACUAUAUUUUCUCCAAAUAUCCUGUACGCUUUUAAUACAUUUGUCCAGAAGCUAUUUGCCUUUAUAAAGUGGCAAACUGCAGGGACCAGUUUGUCCAAAUAAUUAUUAUAUGUGUGGAUAAAAUAUUUUUUCCAGCUGUGGCUGGUUUUCUUUCUUUUCCACAGCCACGAUAAUUUUAAAGCAUUCAUGUAAGUUCUAACAUCAUGUAUGCCCAUGCUUCGAGCAUAGAUAUUUGUAAUGGAUAUAUUAAUAUUAAUUUUGCCAUUUUUUCCAUUCCAAACAAACCUAAAGAUGGAUUUCUGUAUGUCAUUUAUAAUGUAUAGUCUGGAAGGUUAGGUAGUAGUAACCACAGAUGUACUCAUUUUGACAAAAUUAAGGACUUAAGUAUUGCUACUCUCCAUAAUGGAACUAACUGUCUUUCCUUUACCAUAGUUUGUACAACAUUCUAAUUUCAGCAAGCUUGCUCUCAUAGUUUAAUUUUAUAAAGUCUUUUAGGUUAUUUGUAAACUGAAGACCGAGAAUUCAAAAUUUUUCUGGAUUCCACUGUAUCUGUAAAUGUGGUAAGAACUUAAUCGGUGAGUUUGUUUUGCUCCCAAGCCAUACUGCACUUGAUUUUUUUGAUGUUUAGUACCAAUCCGGAUAUCUUUCCAAACAUAUCUAAAGUGCUCAUCAAUAGGGUCUGUCCUCUUCCAAGUUUAGUUAUGUUAUACCAUUUUACUUUCAGAGUUGUGAAUUUUUAUACCUUUUGUAUAAUUAUUUUUCCUGACUAUAAUAGCUUGAAUUUCUAUGCACAAAAUGAAUAAAUAAGGUGAGAUGGGGUCCCCCUCCCUGCAUCCUCUUCUAAUUUGGAACCAUUCUGAUAGUGUGCCAUUCACUGACACACUUGAUUUAACAUUUGCAUAAUUUACAGAAAAGGGGGCUAAAUUCAAAGGAAUAUAGAACCUUAAGCAUAAAAAUCCAACAAAUACUGUCGAAGGCUUUUUCGAAAUCCAGCCAUAUUAGUAAAACAGAUUGUUUAUUUUCAUUUAAAUGUUCUAUCAGAUCGUAUAUCAGUCUAAUAUUAAGCCUAUUUCCAACUA